CCUAUAGUAAAAUAAAGAUUAAUUCAAUUAAAAACUUCAAUAAUUAUAUUAGUAUAUAUACUCUAUAGCUAGACCCUAUGGAACUUAUUAGCUUAGAAAAUUAUAUACAACUCUUAGAGCAAUUUGCUAAUAGAGAGUUGUUAACUCCACAAGAAGCGUCCAAAAUUCAACUUAUUACAACCGAAUUAUUAGUUGAUCAUUAUGUUGAUUAUAGAUUAUUAAAAUUUUUAAGUAGAUUUUUAACAGAUAGAGCUUAUGAUGAUAUUGUUGAAGAAAGAAAUAUAGAACAUUUAUGUGGUUAUAUAAUUUGUGAUAAAACUCCAAAACAACUGGUUCGUCGCUUAUCUACUAAUAGUAAUGGUACUAUACCGGCUUCAUUAAAAGAUCCUGGGGUAUCAACAAAAUUUCAAAUUUAUAAUAGGAAACCAUCAAUUAUACUUCCAAAUACUUAUUUGUCUCAAUAUUGUUGUAAAGAACAUUAUCAAGCAUCUAUAUUUUAUAGAAAUCAAUUAUCAAGUGAAGCAGUAUUUGCAAGAAAUGAUAUAAUGAUUGUACCGCCGUUUUCAAAAGAUGCUCCUUCAACAUGGUAUGAAAAUGGAAUUACUUGUCUAGAAGAAGUAUUAGCAAAACAUCGAGAACUUAAAGAUCAAGGUAAAAGUUUAUCUGAUGUAAUUGCAAUGAUGAGUGGAUUAUCAGUAUCAGAUUAUGAUUCUCAAAAGGAUGCUAAUCAUUUAAUAAAAUUAAUUCAAGAUUUUGAAAUAGUAGAGAAAGAAGGUAAUUUAAUUGGAGAUGCUGAUGAAGAAAAUGAAUUUGAUGAAAAUAGUAAAGAAGAAUUAUCUAGUGCUGUUGAAGGUUAUAUAACUAGUAAUAAGAGUUUUGGAGGUUAUGUCGUAUAAAUGGGUUAUUAUUUUUGUACAUUAUAAUG